AUUUUAUUAAGAGAAUAUUAAAUUAGCUACUUAUAACAGCUACAUUAGUAAUAGAAAUAUACAUCACUAUUUAGUAUACUAAUUGUGUAUUCAACUAAUCAACUAAUAUCAAAUAUUCACCAAUAAUGCUUAAAUCAAUUUUAAUCUUGUCAAUAUUCUCUAUUGUAUUUUCAUUGGUCAAAGUUAAAUGUGCUAUGGCGGCACCUGAAAAUGAAAUGGAACGAUACCCAUUUAUGCCUUAUGAGUUACCAUAUACACAUGAUGAACUUGAUCAAUAUUAUUAUCCAAAUCUACGUGAUUCAUUAGUUCGACGUCUUAUGAAAAGAAAAUAUUAUAUAUCACAAAGACUUGGUAAAUAAAUUGAUCAUCUAUCUAAUGAAUAACCAAUCAUAUUUGAAUCCAAUAUAGACCGUAUUAUUAAAACAAUAAAUAGAUUAAUUACAUCAUGUCAUCAUUUAAUUCAUAUAGAGAUACAUUUAUCAUUGUAUUAUGAUUAAAAACUGCAAAAUAAACAUUU